ACGUCGCUUAACAGAAAUGGAAAAUGGAGCGAGUGUCCUCGUGGGCACUUUUUAAGUGGAUUGUAUCGCAGCAAUAGAUCAACGUUGAGUUCGAUUGAUCGCGGUCGUUGCUGUAGGCCAGAAUCUCACCCUCUUCGCUAUGGGUUGUGCUAUGAUGAAAAUAUAGCAAAAGAUUUUAAUAGAAAAGGCUGGUCCAUUUGUAAGAGAGUGGGUUAUUACAUAACAGGUCUCUAUCGUGGAAAUGGUAAAAAUGAGUUGAACAAUAUCGAUAAAUUUCGCUGCUGUCAAAUGGCAUCAGGUAUGUCAGAGAAAACGUCGAAUUCCGUGAUUUCCAAAACACCUUUCACAUAUCGAGCGUCAAGAAAUAUAUCAACAACUACUAAUGUGAAAGCAAUGCAAAGAAAAACUACAAUGAAAAGUACAGGAAAAGCAAAAUCAUUUAUAAACGACAAAUCUUUCGUAGCCCUCGUCGUUACGUUGGCGUUUGCUGUAAUGGUUAUCGUGGCUUUGAUAACUGUUAUUUUGUUUUUGAGGAAAAAGAUAGGAAAUGUUCUCGUGACAAACUCUGAGAAGCCAAAAGAUUACAUCGUAGAAGAUGACUAUUCACCAUAUGUGAUAAUGACCACAGAUUCGGGGCAACAAAGCAUCCAGGGCGACAAAGAAAGUUCAUCAGAUAACUAUGAAGACCCAGAAAAUUACCAGAGUUUAAAAAGAAACCCGUUAAAAGAACAACAAUACGAGUUGAACUACUAUCAAAGUCUUACCAAAACAAAAGCAAAAACUGAAGAAUCAAAGAAUUAGACAACAUUGUACAUUAUUCUAUUGUAAUAUACACAUAUGUAACAUAAUGUAGUUUUUUCAAACUCACACAUGUGAACACCCUAAUUAGAGGAGAGCUUAUAUUGUUUGACCAUAACAUUGCGACGUAGAUGAAUAACACCGCAGGCAUGCCUAUUUUAGUACAUGUCUGAAACAUAGUAUUAGUUUAUAAUAUUGAAGCAAUUCUUUGAUUCCAAUACUUGCACUGAUGGAUAUUGGUUUGAAGUUUUUCAGUGCUAUAGUUUUCCAUCUUGAAAAUUUCGUUCUUUGCAUUUGCUUUCAUUCAAUUGAAACGUACAAGUGAAAAUGCUGCUAGCUGAAUUGUUCACUUGAUUUUGUAAAGUACUGAUUUAAUUUUGACAGUUAUUUUAGAGUGUGUACAUAUUUAGCAACUUGGUAACCACAGACAAUAAGAAAUAGCGACGACCCUAUAA